AUAACCCAGAAAUCUGUGUAAAUCUUGUAUGCAUACUUGAGAGCAGCAGCAUGAUUCAACCAGGCUUCAAAACAGUGUGUAUGUUCUGUGCUCUCCUUGUGAGCAGCAGUGCCCAGCCUACUCCAGGCCCGUCAGCAGAAGCUGGCUCACAGAUUGGAGCGCCCGCUCCAGGACCAGCGAGCUCGAGGGUCCAGACCCGUGACCUGACGCAGUCGCCUUUCUCACGUGUGGCAUUGUGCGCUCCAUUCACAGUUCUUGUGCAGCCAUCAGAAGGGUAUGAGGUCACAAUUGACGCCGACGAGGCCGUGAAAGAGGCUAUCACUACCCUUAUUGAUGGCGACACGCUCCUUCUGGAGUCCAAUGCCUUCACGACAACAAACCCCAUCAAGGUCACCGUUGGCCUACCAGCUACUGCACUGUUCGCUGUUACAGCUCGCGGCACUUUUCCCGCGAUCGUAGCACCAGGAUUUACAACACCGAAGCUCACAAUCAAUGCUCAAGGGACGUCACAGCUCAACGUGCUAGGGAUAGACACGGGAAUGCUGACUCUUGUGAAUUCGGGGACUGGAUCAUCCGUGGUGACAGGCAACAUCACGAGUGCCGUUAUGAAGAAUACAGGCACAGGAAACAUUUAUGUCUCCGGCGUAAACACAAGCGCAACCAUCACAUCUUCAGGGACGGGGGAUCAGUACGUGCUUGCUGCAAACGGCAAUGUGCAGCUGACAGGAAGCUCCACUGGGCUUGGCAAAGUGAUCUACAACCAAGGAGUCUGCAACGUUGGGGGUCAGUCCUGGGUGUUUGGACCGACCUGUAGGCAGGUGCAAUUCUCCAUGCCUGACACCUCACUGUCGUGGAGCUGCGGCAUCCAGAACACUGGCAGGGCGGCCUGCAGCGGAGGUUCUGGCUCGGUCAUCACUGUCAGCAACUGCCCAGCCUCCCCGGUGACCUACCCGGCAGGGGUGGGCCAAGUCAGCUCUUACAGCCUGGUUGACAGCAAGAUCGGGAGCGUCCUAGGCCUGGACACCAACACCGCGCCUGCGCAGGCCGGUGCAGCCGCCUCAGGGGCAGCGCCAAACACUCCUUUGACGGUGAACGGCCUCGCAAACGGCGUGAAUAAUGCUGGGACAGGCAAUGGGCAGGGGAAUGGAGAGGGCAACAGUGGGGCUGGCAAUGGGAACCAGAACGGCAACAACAACUCAGGGAGCUUGAACGGCAAUGGCAAUGGGAUCGGGAAUGUGGGGAAUGGCAACGGAGUCAACAAUGGCAAUGGGAAUACCAACUCGCAAGGCUGAUUUGGUAACUGCCUCAAGAAUAGGCUCGGCUCCCUAGGCAUCUGAGUCAGAUGAUCUGACAAGCAAGAUUGAAUUCUAUUGGAACUCAAACGAUAAGUUCAGGCCCUGCUGUGCCAGGGCAAUCUGACUGCAUUCAUCUUCUUGCCUUGACUUGCUCUGCGCUGGUGCUACUGAAAAGCUAGUGAUAAAAGUUUUAUUAAUCCGACUGUUGUCAUCAAGAGACCAUACACCAUUUGGUGUGUACCUGUUUGUUUUGUGAAGCACUAAGAGCAUUAUCAUGUUGUGCACUUUUGAUGGAGCUGCUUGACUGGCCUGCUCCCCAAUGUACUGUAGGUUGCCUUCUUUGACCUGGCUUGUUCAGAGAGUAAAGAUAUGCGCCUUUUUGCCCCAAUUCAUUGCAGAUGUGGAACCUGAUCAUAUCACAAGAUCACAAGCGAUCUUUUGGAAUACACCAAAUUCUUGAGUCUGUGCUGCACACAGACACUUCAAGACAAUGUAAUAGUACAUUGAGCUGC